UAGUAGGUAUAUGUUUCUAUUUCAUAUAUUUGUCUACAAAUGAUUAUUUUUCUAUUUUUAAGUGGACUUAACAUACAAUUUUAAUAGUUAGAAAAACAAUCGGCGUAGUCGUGAUAAGCUUAAACAAUAUCCUUCACUUGUUAUUGUCUUUUGGCAAGCCAGCGACAAAAAGUGAGAGCCGAGGUUACCGCGCCGCGCAAGUUAUACCUAGCUAACUUUUACCAGUCGGCGUCCAGUCAAGUCAAGUGGUUCAGUUGAGUCUGCGCCUCGAUACAGUUCAGACGUAUUAAUAAUGGCAAGCGGAAGGAUCGUUGUGUACGGUGGGCGAGGCGCGCUCGGAGCCGCGUGCGUUAAUCACUUCAAAUCUGCGAACUGGUGGGUUGCCAACAUCGACUUAAACCCUAAUGAAAAAGCUGAUUUCAACAUCACUGUGCCGAAAGACGCUUCGUGGGUUCAACAAGAGGAACACGUUGUGAACGAACUGGCCAGCGCCCUGCAAGGUCAGAAAGUGAAUGCUGUGAUUUGUGUCGCUGGCGGCUGGGCCGGCGGAAACGCUGCCAAGGACCUCAGCAAGCAAGCGGAUCUAAUGUGGCGCCAAUCUGUGUGGAGCUCUUCUAUUGCAGCCACUGUGGCUGCUAAGUACCUGUCUGCAGGAGGACUGUUGGCCCUGACGGGUGCUAAAGCUGCUUUGGAAGGUACACCUGGCAUGAUUGGCUAUGGAAUGGCCAAGGCUGCAGUGCAUCAACUCACUAAAUCUCUUGGUGCCAAAGACUCUGGUCUGCCGGAGAACUCACUGGCUGUUGCCAUACUUCCUGUGACCCUGGACACUGAGAUGAACAGGAAAUGGAUGCCGAAGGCUGACUUUGGCUCAUGGACCCCGCUGACAUAUGUGGCUGAGCUGUUUGACAAGUGGAUCAAGGGUAAUGAACGUCCUCCAAGUGGUAGCCUGGUGGCACUGGUCACUAAGGACAACGUCACUGAGCUGAUUGUCCAAUGAACUUGCCAACCUAGAUAUAAGUAUCCGUUGUCUCAACUGUAGUUGUAAGCAAAAAUUAUAACUUAUUGAUCUGUUGUGUAAAUUGUUUUAUUUUAAUAUUUUAAAGUACUUAAUGUGCAAAGCAUUUGUUUUCUAGCUACAUUUUAUAAAAAGUGUAACAAAUUGUUUUUAUUCAUGGUUGAAGGUAAACCUUCAAGUUUUUACUGCAUUUCUUUUUAAAGUAAAUAAGACAAUAAAAGACAGCAAUCUCAGAGUAUGUAUGUUGUUAAGCAUGUAAUGUAUAUCAAGUGAAAUGUAUCAGAGUAUAAUCAAUGUGAUAUUUAAACAUAUAUUAUUAAAUGUGGAAGCAUUGAA